AACAACAGAGUGAGAGUAAACAGAUGAAGGAAGAAGUAAGAAGUUUUUGUUUUUAGUGCUAAAAGCGAGAUUCGAGGUUCUACGAACGCAACCUUCUGCAUUUAUUUAUUUACUGAACUAUUGUUCGAAUUCUUCACUGUUUUCGUGUUCAGCGAGUCUUGCAGCGUAAUAAUAGUUGAUCCCGCAAAACCUGUGCGAAAAUGCCAGAUUUGAUUAAGGACGUUGAAACCUACUCUGCGAGAGUGGAAGAAUUGAGAGUGGCCUAUGACGAUUUUGAGACAGAAACUAGACCAAUGUAUAAAUUUAUUAAAAGAACAGGUUUGGCUAUGAACCAAUCGAAAGCUGCACUCGUGAAAAAACUCCGUGAGAUUGAUAGAACUCCGUGGGACACAGUAGGUCAAGCGGGACGAAUGAAUGCAGCUUACCUGGAGACUAGACUUCGUCGAGUUUCCCAAAUUCAGGAAAAAGUGAAUGAAAUUGCAGCAAAAAUAGAGGUACUCGAAGCUAAGUACCUCAAACUGCGAAUGGAUUUAAACAUGUCUCUCACUGCGAAGGGAUUCGCUAUUUGCGAUAGCUACGUAGUUUGCUUCAAAGAGGGUCUCGCCAAGGCCAAAUUCGACAUUUCCAGAGUGGAAAUUAACGUUGCUCAGUGCAUGAAGGAGGAAAACGACUUUCCUUUGAAUUGUGUGGCCAUUGACUCAAUAAAAGGCUACGUAAUGGUCGCGUUGAGAAACAAAGGAAUGGAUUAUGAAGUGGAAGUGAUUCCGCCCGAGAUGUACCCGGCGGACUCGGCAGAGCUGCCUACGUCAGGACUGCCGCCACCAGAAGAUGAAAUUUAGCGAGCGAAAUGAACUUUCCCUCA